GAAUUGGUUUUGGUUUUAUCUCAGGGUAAUUGCAAAGAUUAAAUGAGAUGUUAUUUGUAAAGUGCCUAGAAUUGUGCCUGACACAUAAUUGGUGUUUGCUAAAGAAAGCAAAGAAACCCCACUCCCAGCUCAGGCCUCCCACAUCCCUACCCUCCUGGGCCACCCCCUACAGCCAUCAGCCUGGCAGUGACUGCUGUUCCUUCACAGGAGACCUCAAGCUGGCCUCCUCAAAGGCAGGGAUGACUCCCUGGAACCACCUCCUCAGCUUGUACAAGCAGCUCCAGAAAUCAGCCAUGGCCAAGGUCUGUGGGACCAGCCUGGGGUGGUAGGGGUGGGAGUGAGGCCCCAAUGGGUCCCCUCCCCCAUGCCCAAAUCUGGCUUGGGCCCAGGGACAGCAGUCCCUUUUCUUAACCCUUUGAGAGCUGUUUCCUCCCACUUCCUGUUGAAUCUGGGGAGGGAGGCUGCAAGUGUGGGCCCUGGCCCUCCUCACUUACUCAGAGACCUGGCAUCCUUCCAGUUUCCUCUCAAGGUCGGCUUGCCCCCAGAGAAGGAUAAAGGGGAGGAAGAGGAAGUGGAGGAAGAGGACAGCUUAUUUAACCUCUGUGUCCCAGGCAUUGUCACCCUCCAAUCACCACUGCAUAAGACUUUUAGGUCAACGGAUACAGUGGGUUUCGUGGAGUCAGAGUUGAAGAAGCUUCUGGCUGUGCAACGGGAGUCCCGCCUCUGGAAGAUGGGCAGCAAAGAGGGCCGGGAGCUGCUGGCCCAGCCAGAGAUCACCCUGGAGGAGGCGGGCGUUGUGGAUGGCCAGCACCUGCUGCUCGAGGAGAUGGACGAGAUGGGGAACUGGCCUCCAGAGUGAAGCGGGCACUGGCCCUGAGUCUGCCCUGCCUGGGAUGUGUCCCCCUCUUCUUAGGGCAUGUCCAAGGAGCCCCUAGGGCCAAGUGGUCCUGGAAUGACCAGUGUCCUUGUGUCUGCAGGGUGGGCCAGCCCAGCACUGCCCCACCAUUGGAUCCAGGCCUGCAGUGUUGGUAAUAAAAACCCAGUUUGCUUUUGGCGGCUCUUCUGUCUGUCUUUGGACCCCACCACUUCAUCCUCAGCUUCAUCCAAGCCCAGUCUGUCCAGGAUCUCAGUCUAAUCCCCAGUCUGUACCCUGGGGGCUGCCAGGGUGUGGCUGCAGAGCCCUGGUCUCCGGUGGGAUCUCUGCAGCAGGGCCCUGGAGCCAGGAGGACGGGAGGUAGGGUGGGCCCAACAUGGGAGUGGGAGACAGCCCACCUCCAGAUUGCCAGGGAGGCCCUGCUGCCCACAGUCCUGCGCUUGCUGGGAGGAGCUUCCCUGACAUCCCUCCCUCCUCGAGUUCCCCAAGUUCCCAGGCCAUGUUUGUGGCCUCACCAGGAGGAUCCGGGAAUUCUCUGGCAGGAAGUUCCUGCCCAGCUAGCUAAGGGACAAAGCCAGGAAAGCAGCGGCCCUGGGACCCUGGGGACCGCCUCAGCUAUUUAGGGCCCCUGACUCAGGAGGCCUGGGCUGGGAGAACAGACGACAGGUCCCUGGGGUUGAUGCAGGAGGGGCGGGUCCCAGGCUGGAGCAACCAUCCUUUGCAACCCCAUGGUUGGGGGGGGUAGUCCUGGUUUAGACACCAGGGGGCACUGUUUGUCAGGAGGCUCUGCUGACCUCCCUGUAAACCUGUUGCUUUGGAGGAUGCCCAAUUCCUCCCCUCUGCCUGGGUGCAGGCCAAGCUUCUAAGCAUAUAUAUGAAAGAGAGCAGCACUCCUGUUUAUGGUAGCUUGUCUGACGUUCCCCACUGACCCCUACCACGUCCUUCAUUACUGUGUCCAAUCUGAGGACUGCUGCAGAGCUGAAGUUCAAUGUCAGAACAUGGCUGCCAUUCUUAAUAAUUACUAGGAUUGAUAGCAACAAAUGUUUGCUGGAGAGAUGAGCCCAUAGCCACAUGCUUGGGUUGAGGUGGGGAGCUGUACACACCUGGCCCCAGCCCAGCCCAGCCCAGUGAAGCUGGAAGUCCCCUCCACCCCUCAAUCCGGGUGGAGGGUGGCAAUCAGAAGGGGGAGGGCUCAGAGAGGCUAUCAUCUCUUAAAUGGGGCUGAGGGCUUUCUCCUGGGCUUCUUGGCCAGAGUCAAUGGAGUCCUUGACUCAGUUUCUGAGCUAGGGGCUGGUGGAAAGACCCAUCUGGACUGUCCCCCUGAGUCAGCUGGGAGGUGGCCUUGUGACCAGAUGACUCACCUGUGCCCUAAUUGUCCUACUAACCAUUUCCUCCAAGAGUGCAGGCUGUUGUGUGUGUGGGCGGGGGGUGUUAAUUUUUAUUGUGUUUUAAGUGAAAGUUUAUAAAUCAAGUCAGUCUCUCAUACAAAAAUUUAUAUACACCUUGCUUUUUUUAAUAUAUUCCUAAUUGCUCUCCCCCUAAUGAGACAGCACACUCCUUCCCUCCGCUCUCUCUCCUUGUGUCUAUUCGGGCAGCUUUGGCCCCCUCUGCCCUCUCAUCUCCCCUCCAGCCAGGAGAUGCCCACAUAGUCUGAUGUGUCUACUUGAUCCAAGAAGUUCAUUCCUCACCAGUAUCAUCUUCUAUCCCACAGUCUAGUCCAACCCCAAAGAGUUGGCUUUGGGAAUGGUUCCUGUCUUGGGCUAACAGAAGGCCUGGGGACCACGACCUCCGGGGUCCUUCCAGUCUCAGUCAGACCAUUAAUGGGGGGGGUUGAAGGGUGGCCUGUGGGCUCCAUGGGUACACCUGGCCCCUGCCCCAGCCCACAUGGACAUAGCACUCACUCUGGCCCCGCCCCCUGUUUAUGGGCCCCAUGGAGAGAACACCUCUCCUUCUGAUCAGGCCUAGGCUGGAGAGGGAAUCCCAGGCCCCGAGCCCCCCAGUACAGAGCUUCUGCCUAUCCUGUACCAUUGCCCCCUGGGUCAGGCUUGCCUCCUGGGCCUAUCUGGGCACAGGAAGGCAUAACACAGGAUUGAGGUAGGCUGGGCCCCUGCUGGCAGCUCAGGAUCCUUGACUUCUUUUGAGAAUAAAGUGGUCACUCAAGCCACCUCAGCUUCUGGGCUGUGGCCACCCCAUUUCAGGGACAGGAGCAUCUCAAUCUCAGAGCCCACAGGGUGGGGGCUGCUGGGUAGUGAGCAGAGCAGAAACUUUGGUUUUACUACCUGGGACCCAGGCUGGUCCCUCCCUCCUCUGCUCCUCAUUUUUCCUUUCUGUCAGUGAGGAACAGGCUAUCUCCAGUCCACUCCCAAGAUUCCUGUGACUACAGAGGAGAGUGCCUCUGAGACCAGGAAGUGUGGCAGCUGGUCCUGUCGCUGUAGCAGGAGGGGGAUCUGCGUGCACCACAGCCAUGAGGGCUUGUUCCUGGCCUCACAGGGCUCCUGGGCUGGUUUCUGUGGAUGGGCCUGGCCAGUCACUCAUGGGUGGGAUAGGCAGGGGCGAGGUGGCCCAAGGACCUGCUGUGGGGUCUAAAAUGCCCCCAAACAAUCAAUCAGGUCUUAGGGUGAGGCCUUCAUCCUGGAGAGACAACUGGUUUGUGGAUCGGCAGGCCAGGGGGGUUGGGGGGGAGUGGUGGGGAUCAUGUACCAUUUACCAGUGACUGAAGCUGAUGGUGGGAGGCCCCGAGAGUGAGUGUAGAGGGUGGGUCUUGGGCUCAAGGCCAACAUGGAGACAGGCCAGGCAUGUCCGAUGGGCCUCAAGGGAACACUGCAGACACAUCUGUGGGUCAGACCUGGGAACUGGUUGUGUUUUAAAGGUGCCGUCCUCUCCUGGAUGUACAGACAGCCAGGGUAGGGCUGCCAAGAACAGCUGUGCAGGCUGAAGGGCAAGAAAGAUCUGAAACCCAGUCCGCUGGGCUCGGCUCACCAGCCAUGCUCCCUUGCCAGUGUUGUGUCCACCUUGAGGGGGAGCCUUUUUCUAACUUGUCCAAAAGGGUCUAUUGGGCUGGCAGUGGCCCUGGUCAGGCCCAUGGAAGUUAAGUUGGGUCUUUAUGUGAGGACUUGCCAAGUCUCUGUCACUGUCUGGGAUUCUCUCUUCUCCUUUAUCUAUUGUCUCUCUCUAUUGGUACCUGUGUGUUUCUGUCUCUCUCUCUCUCCCUGUGCUUCUCUGUGUGUGUGUGUGUGUGUGUGUGUCUGUCUGUCUGUCUGUCUUUUUCUCACUGUAUCCCUGGUAGGACAGAGGUGAGAAAAGCAGUCCUUAGGUCCAUCCUGAGGGUAUUUUGGGGACUCACUGGUGGCUGAAAGGAAGGCAGUAGGUGGGGCCAUCUGGGAGCUGGGAGUAGGAUAGGUGGACCCAGGGAAAUCUGGGCACAUCAAAGCUGGAGGCCGUGGGAUGCCCCUCCCUGGAGGCCCCUGGCCAGGAACCCCAGGGGGAUGCUGCUUGGGUCCCCAACUGGGGUCACUGGUAGCCAGCUGGGGUGAGAGGGAAGGUAAAACUGUUAUUAUUUUCCAGCUGGGAAAUGAGAUGGAGAUCAGGAAGGUAGAGGGAAGAGACUGGACUGGGUUGGAACCUCUGCUCUGACUCUGAGAAAUGCAUGUGACUGCAGACAGAUCCCAUGCCUCUCUGAAUCUCAGUUUCCACAUCUGUGAAAUGGGCGGAUCCCAGGCUUCUUGUGUGGGCUGAAUGAAGUGCUGUAUGACUCAUAGAGGUUUCUCAAAGAAUACAUGGAACAAAUACUUAUUAAGCUCCUAGUACAUCUCAGUUCUGUUCUGGGGACUGGGGAAUAGAGAAGUGAACAAGACAUACAAAACCUGCACUUUUUUGGAGUUUAUAUCAUUACUAUGGGGACAGGCAGUAAACAGUAAUAUUUCAGGGGUGACAAGUAUAUGAAGAAAAACGAAGGUGCGUAAUGGGAUAGAGAGACCCCAAGGAUGCUGUUUUAGACAAGGGCAUGGAAUGGGAAAGGCCCCUCUGAGGAGGUCAUAUGUAGGCAGGGACCUGCAGGAAGUGAGGGAGGGAGCCAUGAGGGAAAGGGCAUUACAGGCAGAGGGAACAGCCAGUGCAAAUGCCCUGAGGCAGGAGAAGGCCUGGGGUGUUUGAGGAAGGGGAAGGAGGCCUGUGCUGCUGGCCGGGAGUGAGUGAGAGGGGACUAACAGGAGGUGAAAUCAGAAAGGAAGUUAAGAAGAUAGCGUACUUUGGCGGCCAGGCAUUUUUUAGGAUGCGGCUGUGAGGGGGUGCUUGACCACUAGGGGGCGCGCCUUGGCCCAUUCGUCCGUGCAGAGGUCAGCUAACUAGUCUCUUCCGGCUUGGGUACCUCCGACGCCCGCCCCACAGGGUGGAGCGGGGGCCACCUGGGGCGUG